CUGUCCACCUUUGUCCACAUUUGUCAUGGAAGGAAUCAGAUAUAUCUGGACCCCAAAGAUAGUGGAAGGAUAAUCGUCGCACCUCAUCUCCACAAAUCAAUGUGCAAAAUCACAUUUAUUUCACAUAUAAAAACUGAAAAAAAACCCACAAUAAAUAAGAGUGAUGUUUUAUGAAAAUAUGUUUGUUUUUACAUUUUCUGUUGAAAGUGUUAGAAUAAAAUUUCCUAUUUCAAUGCUUUAAUUUAUGAAGGAGUUUCAUCUGAAGGAUUAGUUGGGGGGUAAACAAACCCUCAGCUGAUGUCAGAGGAUUAUCGAUGAGAAGGUUUAUCACGCACUCGUGUUUGUGUUAGUCAUUUACUCCAGUCACCUGUGGAUGAAUCAGAGGACUGCACACCUUGAACACCUGUGAGGAAGGAUAUUUGUGGGAGCACUUUGAGGAUGAUGAACAUCGUGGAGGACGUCCCGUUUCAGACCCCCGUGGGUCCACUGGGGGCUGAAGUUACGCUCGUGGAUGCUCCAGAGAUCGCUCUUCCAGACUGUCACAAAAUUAUGCAAGAAACUCAGUAUGAAUUUAACUUGGAGAGAUGGAUUGUUUGUGGCCAAGCUCCAUCCUGCCCGCCGUUCUGGAUGAUGUUCAGCGACCCUAAAGGAAGCGGCCUUCUCAGUCACAGGAACAGCAGCCCCUGGGCCCCCAGGCCUCGGCCCCGCAGCCACAGCCUGAGCUCUGCCGACACCCACCGGCUGUACCAGCGAAACUUCAAAUUCUCCGAAUACGACUCCGAUUAUGAGGAUGGUUACUAUGACGACAACAAAGGAGCCUCAGCAGAGGCGGCACGUCUUCAGUUUGACCUCAGAGAGCGACCCCGAAGUGCUGCACCCAGAGACCCCCUCUCCAGGGUUAAAGACAUGCAUCUUCAGCGUUCAUCUCAGACCCUCACGGGUCACAGGGCGACCUCUUCCCUCCCGGACUGCAGACAGCCCCUGCGCGCUUUGGAGCAGCACCGGUCCAAGCAGGCUAGCCCCCUCUCUGAGAGGCUGAAGAACGGCAAGAGGAGGCAGUGCUCCGCGGGCAGGAAGCACUCCCAAAACACGCCGCCUGCUCAGGCUUUACCAAAGACGCAGCAGCGCCCCUCCUCUGCGGGGCCUGUAGUCACAAACCGCAGGAAAAAGGCCCUAACAGCUCACAGUGGUCGGGGAGUUUUCUUCGACUCUGCAGCAGAGCUGCUGAUGGCACUCAGCAAGGAAGAGAGGGAAUUACUGGAAACCAUCACCGAUAAGGGAUACCCUUUACGCACAGCCAUCCUGGCUCUCCAAAAGACCGGCUAUCGGACCCCAGAAAAGGUCCUUAAAUACCUGGUUGCCAGCGACCAUCUGUGUCAGCUGGGCUAUGACGAAGCACAAGUGGAGGAAGCUCUCGAGAUGUUCCAGAACUGUGAGAGCAAGGCGGCCGAGUUUCUACGACUGUUGACCCAGUUUAAUGAGAUGGGCUUCCAGCAGAGUGCGAUCAAAGAGGUGCUGCUCGUCCACGAAAACCACCGCGAGCGGGCUCUAGAGGAACUCAUGACGCGCAUGGCUUAAAAAGGACAUCCGUGCAUGGAAGAGGCCUUCUGACUUGGACCAGUUUAGCAUUAAAAAUAAAUAUUUACACACACACAGAACUAUUUAGGAUUCUACUUCCAUUUUAAAGUUUAUUUACAAUUUUAAAAAGAAAAAAGGACUCAAUAGGUGUUUGUGGGUGAGCGGUCAUUCCAGCUCAGAAAUCGUCCCGGUGCUUUAAAGAACUUCUGUAGUGCAAAAAUUGUGUGGCAUGGAUAUUAUUCUUUAGAGGAAAAAAGCCUUAGCCAUUAAUUUAAGCAGACAGAGAAAUAUAUACACAUUUGUAGAAAAAAAAAA